CAAUAUAAAAUAUAGUAAAAUAAAAAAAGUCACUUCCCAAAGUUGUCAUCAUCUUCAUACCAUAGCAUUUGUGCUCCAAAUUGCUCUCACUCGUUACUCAUCUCAUCAAUAUGUAUACUCCGAACUGUGUCAGUUCAUUGUUAGGGUUCCCUUUCACCAUACGUAGACUCGCUUCAACAUCUUUUAAGUAUCAUUAUUCAAUACUUCCAUGUGGAUAUUGCGGAUAAUCGUGGUGUUCCGGUCAGCUUGCGUAGGCAUCGACUUUCAAUUGACUUUCUAAAAGUAACUUAUUAUAAGUUCAAAGCUAUGGAGUAUCCACUUAUUAUCUUUCUCAUACACUGUAAUACUAGUUGUUUGUCAAAGCUUUUUUUUUUCUUCCAAACAUUGUAAUAGCCAGAGAGGAUUCAUUUUGGGUAAAGUAGUUUAUGCAUUCUUCCUACUUUAGGAAACAUUAUUGAUAUCUCCUGCUUUAGAGAUAUGGUGCAGGGGUACUGUUAUGUGACUGGUGGAUGAUUCCUCUAGAUUUGUAUAUGUGCUUUACUGGUGUUUAACUAACAUCCUUCAAUAGCUGAACCCGUUUGUCUUAGAUUUUAUCAGUAGCCCCUCUAAUAUUGAUGAUGUUUUUGGGAAACAUUUUCUCUGUCUGGUACUUGUUUGAUGGUAAUUCCUAGCGCUCCUUUCCGCGCUAUAUAUAUUCUUAAGAUUAUGUUUGUUAGUCUGAACAUUAAAUCAUUCGAGGUUUCUGCACUCUUACAUUUGAGACUCUAGGUGAAAGGUUGAAGCUUUUGAGUAAAGGUGCAAUGUCUGAGUGGUUUGAGUAUCUGCUUUGUUACUUGUUAUCACAAUAUUCACUGAUAUUUCCAUUAUAUUGGAUAUGCCAGUGAAUGGCUCCGGCUUAGAUGUUUAAGCUUAAGGAUGCUAAGGAAGGUGGAUAGAUUGUCCUUUGUUUAAAUAUAAUAUUGAAAUGAUAAAUUAACCAAUCUAUAACUUUUGUAUAAAUAUUGCAUGAUACCAUGUCCAUAUACAAUUAUUGAGCUAAUAUCACUUAUGUAAAGGUGACUUACUCGUGCUUUCCAUUGAUUUGCUAUGUCCAACUUCAGGGUAGGAAUCCCUACUUUUCUACUAUGGGUUUUAAGAAGAAGUGAUCUAAAGUGUGGUAUUCUAUGCUUGCCGAUCUUGUAUAGCUGAGGAUGUAAAGUAAAAAAGUUAAUUACCUUUCUUCCUCUCUUACUUUACUGCGUUCAGUGUAUUCUAGAUUAGAUAUAAACACACAUUUGGCGCAUAUUAGGUCUAACCUCUUUGCUUAGUUCGCUACCUUCAUAUUUCAGUUAGGAUCUUAUAUGUUUGGACUAAUCAUUUCUAAUAAUUUGCUGAUCUUCAGGGCCAACGAUAUGGCCUAGGGACUCUCUGAAUCAAAUACGGAGAUGCUAUGUCUACACUCAGUAGCUAUAAGAUUAAGGCCAGCACUGCACCUGUGUCUGAUGCCAUAUUUACAAAGUAUAGUGAUUUUACAGCCAACUGGAUGUCUAUUCAAGUGCAAAUCCAUGAGAGCUUAAUUUUUUUCCUCAAGGUCAUAUGCAAUACUGUAGAGUUUCGGCAACAGUAUGACCUCAAAGACAAUGUAUAACAGGAUCUCGGAUGCAGAGUCUGCCAUUCUUGAAAUAUCAAGGAAGCAUGGGAUGAUAACAACACGAUCAUUAAGUGGGCAGCCUCAAAGGGGAUGGAACACAGGCAAAACAAGCCGCUAAGGAGAUGGAACACAGGCAAAACAAGCUGCUAAAGGAGAUGGAACACAGACAAUGAAGCACGAGAUGGUCUUUCCACCUGUUCAUGAAAAUACUAUUUUGAAGAAAGGCAACUUAUGCGUACAUGCAUGGGAGUAAUAUAUUUGCGUUCUUUAUCAGAAGUUGGUCCAUCCUUACCUGGAUCUUCCAAGUUGCCUGCAAAUGAUAACUUUGUUAAAUUGCUAGGGAAAGAUCCAAUAAUGACUGAUAUGAAGAGAUGCGAAAAGGAGAAAAAUGGAAAAAUAGGUUGGAAUGAUGGUGCACAAUUUUCAUCAACUUCAGCAAGAGAUUCACCAGAAGCUUCAGAAGAAGAUGUUGCUGCUGCGGAGGCAUUACUGGAAUUGGGUUAUGCUGUUUCAAUCUCCAAGAACAGCAACUUACCUGAAUCCUCCAAAAGACCGUGUAAAAGGAAGAACUUCCUAUCCCAAGAAGAGGGAAAAUCAACUGAUGAUGUAUGCAGUGAAAGGGUUGAUGUACAUGGCUAUCGUGUACUAGCGUGCAGUGCUCCUAUACUUGAUGCCAUUUUCGCCAAGUACGGUGACAUUGCAGAAAACUGCCACAAUAAGUCACCGUAUACCAGAGGUUUCUUGCUUGAUGUUGUUUGUGAUGCCGUCAGGGAGCUGAAAACUGGUGCUGUUCGUUCUUCUUCAGUCAAAGCUAUGAAAGAUAUUGCUUCUGUCGCCAAGGAUGCCAAUGUUGACGUAACUUGGCUGCAGCAGUAUCUCAAUGAGAUAUCUGAGGAUGAAGAAAUGGAGAGAACCCGUAGAGCCGAAUUUUUGAAUUCACUGUUUCCCACCUCUUCUUCUUAAGCAUAUUUUUCUAUGCUUUUCUUCGACUUCUUGGUGAAGCUUGAGAUAUACAUCUCAUGUCUGGAUAAAAUAUUAGUUAUGUUAAAUUUGUGUUAUUAGAAUAAUUUUUGAAGAAUCAUGAUAUAAUUAUGUUAUACAUUAUAUUAAAAGAUUGUCAUGAUUGCUAAGAUAUAUGUGCACUAAA